UUCAGGGGUUGUAAUGAUGAACUGUCCCAACCUCACCACUUCUCCAACAAUCCCAUCCUAUUUACCGUUUUGCCACUACACUCUUCCUUGUCAUUUCAAUUCCACAUUCCGAUCGUCCCACAAAAACCCUAACCUCGUUUCGAUUUUCAGAGAAAAACCCAGAAUUUCUCAUUCCCUUAAGUGCUUUGCAUCAUCUUCAAUGGAGACGACAACUCCGACGCAGAGCAGCGAGACCAAACCUUACUCUGUUCUUUUCGUCUGUCUCGGGAACAUCUGUCGGAGUCCUGCAGCUGAAGGUGUCUUUAGAGAUAUUGUGAAGAAGAGAGGUCUCGAUUCCAAAUUCAACAUUGAUUCCGCUGGUACCAUUGAUUAUCACGAGGGGAAUAUGGCGGAUCCUAGAAUGAGAAGUGCUGCGAAACGUCGCGGGAUUGAGAUAACAUCAUUAUCCAGACCGAUUAAGGCAUCUGACUUCAAGGAAUUUGAUCUCAUUCUUGCUAUGGAUGAACAGAACAAAGAGGAUAUAUUGAAGGCUUAUAAUGUAUGGAAAGCCAGAGGGAAUUUCCCGCCCGAUGCAGAUAAGAAGGUUAAGCUAAUGUGUUCGUAUUGCAAGAAACACAAUGACAAGUUUGUUCCUGAUCCAUAUUAUGGUGGAGCUCAAGGUUUUGAAAAGGUACUGGACUUGCUUGAAGAUGCUUGCUUCCUCAUGCUUUUUGUAAAAUUCAGAUUCAAACAAGAUAACAAUGGAAGUACUUCUUCUUCUUCUUUAUCUCUUCCAUCUCCUUCAACUUAUGUUUCUCAAACUUGGAAACACGAUGUCUUUCCGAGCUUCCACGGACCAGAUGUCCGAAGAACCUUUCUUAGUCAUUUCCUUGUAGUGUUCAAGCUAAAGGGAAUCGACCCAUUCAUUGAUAAUGAUAUACAAAGGAGCAAGUCUAUCGGUCCUGCGCUCAUAGAAGCUAUAAGAGGAUCAAAGAUCGCGAUCGUCUUGCUCUCCAAGAACUAUGCUUCUUCUUCAUGGUGUCUUGAUGAGUUGGCAGAGAUCAUGAAAUGCUGGAAAGAGUCGGGUCACAUAGUCAUGACCAUUUUUUAUGAAGUGGAUCCAACUGACAUAAAGAAACAGACUGGUGAUUUUGGAAAAGCCUUUAGAAAAACUUGUAAAGGUAAAACAAAAGAGCGUACUGAGACAUGGAGAAAAGCGUUGGAGGAUGUGGCCACAAUUGCCGGAUAUCAUUCUCACAAAGGGAGUUAUGAAGCGGACAUGAUCGAAAACAUAGCCAUUGAUGUUUCAAACAUGUUAAAUUUCUCCACACCAUCAAGAGAUAUUGACAAUUUAGUAGGGAUAGGAGCUCAUAUGGAAAGGAUGGAACAAUUGUUACGUCUAGAUUUGGAUGAAGUAAGGAUGAUCGGGAUUUGGGGGCCGCCUGGGAUUGGUAAAACAACCAUCGCUAGAAUUAUGUUUGACCAAGUAGCCAACAAAUUCCAAUUUAGUGCGAUCAUGUUUGAUAUCAAAAGAAGCUAUCCAAGUGUUCGUUUGAAUGACUUUAGCGCACAAUUGCAACUACAAAGCGAUUUGUUAUCNNNGACUAUAAAUCUUAAAGAUAAUAUGAUUCCUCAUCUAGGAGUGGCACAAGAACGGUUGAAAGACAAGAAAGUGUUACUCGUUCUUGAUGAUGUGGAUUGCUUAAGUCAGCUACAAGUCUUGGCGGAAAAAAAUCAGUGGUUUGGUUCUGGAAGUCGGAUUAUAAUCACAACAGAAGAUCGAGGAGUUUUGAACGCCCAUGGGAUAAGUCAUAUUUACGACGUGGAAUUUCCAUUAAGUGAGGAGGCUUUUCAAAUCUUUUGUAUGCAUGCCUUUGGACACAAGCGCCCUGAUGAUGGCUUCGAUGAACUUGCUAGGGAAGUUGCAAACCUUGCUGGUAAACUCCCUUUGGGACUGAAGAUUCUAGGCUCCACUUUGAAAGGAAAGCCCAAGGCAGAGUGGGAAAUGACACUACCAAUGUUAAAGACCAGCCUUAAUGGAGAAAUAGAGAGCAUUCUAAAGUUCAGUUAUGAGGCCUUAGAUGAUGAAUAUAAAUAUUUAUUUCUUUAUAUAGCCUGCUUUUUCAACAAUGAAGAUCAACAUAAAGUGGAAGAGAUUCUUUCAAAGAAGUUCUUGUAUGUCACGAAAGCUGGUAUUCUUGUCUUAGCUGAGAAAUCUUUCAUAUCUUUUGACUAUACAACGGGAUAUAUACAUAUGCAUGAUGUGCUAGCACAAUUCGGAAGAGAAACUUCUCGUAAGCAAUUCGUCCACGAUCAGUUUUCGAAAUAUCAGCUUUUGACUGAUAAAAGAGAUAUCUCUGAAGUGCUUAGUAAUGAUACAACUGAUGAUAGACGGUUUAUAGGCAUGAAUUUAUCUAUGACUGAGAAGAAAAUGAAGAUAAGUAAGAAAGCACUUAAAAGAUUGUCAGAUCUCGAAAUCAUAAGAAUCAAGGGUGAGUGUCUUUCUCAGUUUGAGAGACUGCACUCACUUUUGUAUCAUUCUCAAAAGAUUAGAUUACUGGAUUGGAGUGGUUUCGAAAGUAAAUGUUUGCGAUCUAGUUUUAAUUCGGAGUCUCUCGUCGAACUAUGUAUGAGGGAUAGCAAGCUUAAGAAGCUAUGGAAAGGAACUAAACAACUUAAAAAUCUCAAGUGGAUGGAUUUGUCUUUUUCUGAAGAUCUGAAAGAGCUUCCCGAUCUUUCGACCGCAAUUAAUCUUGAAGAGUUAAAUCUCACUUGGUGUGAGAGUUUAAGGAAGCUUCCUUCUUCUAUUGGGAAUGCAACCAAUCUCCGGGAAGUAAAUCUCUCGGAAUGCUCAAAGCUGGUGAAAAUCCCUUCUUCUAUUGGGAAUGCAACCAAUCUCCGGGAACUAAAUCUCUCUGGAUGCUCAAAGCUGGUGAAAAUCCCUUCUUCUAUUGGGAAUUUGACCAAUCUCCAGAAAUUAAAUCUCGUUGAUUGCUUAAAUCUUGUGGAGCUUCCCUCUAUAGAGAAUGCAACUAAACUGGAGGAACUGGAACUUGCAAAUUGCUCCCGUCUUGUGAAACUCCCGUCUUUUAUCAAUGCCACUAAACUUGACCUAUUGAAUCUCAGUAAUUUCUCAAGUCUACUAGAGCUACCUCCUUCUAUUGGAACUGCCACAAAUCUGAAGAAAUUGUAUGUUAGCGGAUGCUCAAGUCUCGUGAAUGUCCCGUCCUCUCUUGGAGAUCUCACUAAUCUCAAAGAUUUGGAUCUAUCUAAUUGCUCAAAUAUGGUGGAGCUUCCUUCUUCCAUAGGGAACCUUCAGCUAUUGUCUUAUUUGAAAAUGAGAGGAUGCUCAAAGGUAGAGGCUCUUCCAACCAACAUCAACUUGAAAUCUCUCUUUUUUCUUGAUCUCACAGAUUGCUCGCAGUUGAAAAGUUUUCCUGAGAUCUCCACACACAUUACGUAUCUGUUGCUCACAGGAACAUCAAUAAAAGAAGUUCCUUUGUCGAUCAUGUCGUGGUCUCGUCUUUAUGAUUUCAGUAUGUCAUACUUUGAAAGCCUCAAGGAAUUCCCACAUGCUCUUGACAUCAUCACAGAGCUGCAGUUGAACGAAGAUAUACAAGAAGUUCCUCCAUGUGUCAAGGGAAUGUCUCGUUUAAGAGUACUUAGACUCCAAAACUGCAAGAAUCUGGUAUCCCUCCCCCAAUUUUCAGAUUCUCUAUCUUACAUAGAUGCUGACAAUUGUCAAUCCCUUGAGACACUGGAUUGUUCCUUUAACAAUCCGGAGAUCCGUUUGAACUUCAGCAACUGCUUCAAAUUGAAACAAGAAGCCAGAGAUCUCAUCAUGCACACAUCCACUUCUAGAUAUGCGGUGUUACCAAGUACACAAGUGCCUGCCUGCUUCAAUCACCGAGCUACUGCUGGAGGUUUAUUGACAAUCAAGUUGAAUGAGUCGCCUCUUCCUAAAUCUUUGAGAUUUAAGGCUUGCAUCAUGCUGCUUAAAACUAAUGAAGAAACUGGUGAUGAUAAUCGUUCUAUAUGGAUUGAAAUCAUGGACAAACAGAAUGAUUUCGAAGUUCGGUGUACACCAAGAAAUUAUCUUAUAUAUCCAGUUUUAAGAGAGCAUAUCUACACAUUUGAAGUUGAAGCAGAGGAUGUGACUUCCACCGAGCUUCUCUUUCAGUUCACAUCACCCAAUAAUGACAACCGGAAGAUAGGCGGUAAUGACAACUGGAAGAUAGGAGAAUGCGGGGUAUAUCAAAUCUUGGAGGAUCAGAGAUGAUGAGAGCUUCAGAGAUGGGAAUCGAUGUAGGAGAUAAAGAACAGCAAAAUUAGAGUUCAUCAGAAGAAGAAGGAAGAAUCGUCAAGAGCUAUUGAGACUUUUCAGUUCAUGUUUCUGAUUCACUUUUGAUUUGUGAGAUAUGGCUGAUCCAAGAAUGAAAAGUGCUGCGAAACUUCGCCGGAUUGAGUGAUAACAUCAUUAACCAGACCGAGUCAUGAGGCAGCUAAUUUCAGAGAAUUUAAUUUUAUUCUUGCAAUGGAUGAGCAAAACAAAGGUUAAGCUAAUGUGCAACAAAUACGAUCCAGACCUGUAUUAGGGUGGAGCUCAUUGUUUUGAGAAGGUACUGGACUUGCUUAAAGAUGCAUGUAUGUGAGUCUUCGCUGGAUUGUAUCAGUUUGAAAAGUUGAUGAUAUAUCAGGAAAUGCAACAGCGCAAGCUAUCUUCUAAUCUUGGGGUGAAGCAGCGAACUUGAGAUUCAUGUCGGAGUGUCUCUGCUACAUUUUAUCAUCAUAUGGCAUUUGAACUCUAUGGUAUGCUGGCUGGGAAUGUGUUAGUCCUAUGACUGGGGAGAAUGUGAAGCCAGCUUAUGGAGGCGAGGAAGAUGCAUUCUUGAUCGGAAAGUUUUGACUUCAAAAUAUCUAUGAAGUGAUUCAGAUGGUAUGG